GCGUCUUCGGCGGCCGCCGCUUCGGCUGCGGCCCUCCCCCCGGUGAAAAAGCCGAAGAUGGAGCAGAUUCAGGCCGACCACGAACUCUUCCUCCAGGCGUUCGAGAAACCAACACAAAUAUAUAGAUUUCUACGUACCCGCAAUCUCAUAGCUCCAAUAUUCUUGCACAGAACUCUCACUUACAUGUCCCACAGAAAUUCCCGAACAAAUAUCAAAAGGAAAACUUUCAGAGUAGACGGGAUGCUGACGAAAGUAGAGAAAACAAAGGGAGAACACGACUUGCAAAGUUUGUCUGCUCAUCUGCAACUCACCUUUACUGGUUUCUUCCAUAAAAAUGAUAAGCCAUUGCAAAAUUCAGAAAAUGAACAAAGUUCUGUAAAUCUGGAAGUACUGCUUGUAAAAGUCUGCCACAAAAAACGAAAGGAUGUCAGUUGUCCAAUAAGGCAAGUACCUACUGGUAAAAAGCAGGUACCUUUGAAUCCGGAUCUCAGCCAAAUGAAACCAGGGAACUUUCCAUCACUUGCAGUUUCCAGCAAUGAGUUUGAACCCAGUAAUAGCCAUAUGGUGAAGUCUUACUCAUUAUUAUUCAGAGUAACUCGUCCAGGAAGAAGAGAAUUCAAUGGAAUGAUAAAUGGUGAAACUAAUGAAAAUAUUGAUGUCAAUGAGGAACUUCCAGCCAGAAGAAAACGUAAUUCUUCCAAUCGUGAAGAUGGAGAAAAAACCUUUGUAGCACAAAUGACUGUAUUUGAUAAAAACAGACGACUACAGCUUCUUGAUGGAGAAUAUGAAGUAGCCAUGCAAGAAAUGGAAGAGUGUCCAGUCAGCAAAAAAAGAGCAACGUGGGAGACGAUACUUGAUGGGAAGAGGCUGCCUCCAUUUGAAACAUUUUCUCAGGGACCCACACUUCAGUUUACUCUUCGAUGGAACGGAGAGGCAAAUGAUAAGCCUGCGACUCCUACUGCCAAACCCCUUUCAACACGAAAUUCAGAAAGUCUCCCUCAAGAAAACAAGCCCAGUUCUGUUAAGCCUACACAGACUAUAGCUGUAAAAGAAUCUUUGCCAUCUGACUUACAAACAAGAAAAGAAAGAGAUGUUUCAAAUGAGCCUCGACAAAAGCUGAGGAUAUUUUAUCAGUUCCUCUACAACAAUAACACAAGGCAGCAGACUGAAGCUAGAGAUGACUUGCACUGCCCGUGGUGCACGUUGAAUUGCCGCAAGCUUUACAGCUUACUCAAACAUCUCAAACUUUGUCACAGUCGAUUUAUUUUCAAUUAUGUGUAUCAUCCAAAAGGUGCUAGAAUAGAUGUUUCUAUCAAUGAGUGUUAUGAUGGCUCCUAUGCAGGAAAUCCUCAGGAUAUUCAUCGUCAGCCUGGGUUUGCCUUCAGUCGUAAUGGACCUGUCAAACGAACCCCAAUUACUCACAUCCUUGUAUGCAGACCAAAACGUACAAAAGCCAGCAUGUCAGAAUUCCUUGAAUCUGAAGAUGGAGAAGUGGAACAGCAAAGAACAUACAGUAGUGGACAUAAUCGGUUAUACUUUCACAGCGAUACCUGCCUACCUCUCCGUCCCCAAGAAAUGGAAGUUGAUAGUGAAGAUGAAAAGGAUCCAGAGUGGCUAAGGGAGAAAACUAUAACGCAAAUUGAAGAGUUUUCUGAUGUUAAUGAAGGAGAAAAAGAAGUGAUGAAAUUAUGGAAUCUACAUGUUAUGAAGCAUGGGUUUAUUGCUGACAAUCAAAUGAAUCCUGCCUGUACUCUAUUUGUUGAAAAUUAUGGACACAAGAUAAUUAAGAAGAAUUUGUGUCGAAACUUCAUGCUUCAUCUGGUCAGCAUGCAUGACUUUAAUCUUAUAAGCAUAUCAUCGAUAGACAAAGCUGUUGCUAGGCUCCGAGAAAUGCAACAGAAGUUAGAAAAGGGAGAAUCACCUGCUGCAACAGCAACUGAGGAAUCUUCUGAAGAACAAACUGGGACAAAUAAUGGCUGCAUUGAAACUAACACUAGGGAGAAAUCUUCAGAAGUGGAUAGUACCUCAUGCAUGACAAAACAGAAUAGAAAGCAGAAGAUUUGAAGAGAAGAGCAAAGAUGAUUGAGUGGACAAAUGUGGAAUUGACGUUUGAAGAUGCAUGAUCUCUAUAAGGAAUUAAUAAGAUACACAGGUUCUUUACGGGCACUGCUGGAAACAAAGGAUCUCAACAAGGAUUGUGUUAAUAUGGUUCCUAUUGAGUUAAUUAUGCAAGUACUACAUGUAUAUCAGUUCUAGUGAUGUAAUGACAAUACUCAAAGUUUGAGCAUGAAGAGCAAUACAAUUUUUGGGAAUUUUAAUUAUGAAUUGUACUGAAUUUACAUAACUUGAGUAUAUGUAAACCAGUUUUUAUAUAAAGAUUUUUUGCAUCUGUACUGGCUGUCUUUCCUACUGUGGAGUUAGAAAUUAGGGAAGGGUAUCUGGGGACAGUUUAUGCUUUGUACUUGGAAAUUCUUUAGGUUAACUUGUGGGAGAUAAUGCACCAUUUAAAGUUUAACUUGAUCUUUUUUGUUUUUAAUAACUAUAAAACUACAGACUGAAACAUUUUAAACAACAUUUUUAAAACUUCAACUGUAAAAUAACAAUGUUGUCUCAUGUCUGUUUGGGGGAGAGAGAAAAAGACCCUUUGCUUUUCUCAUUGAAAACGGGAGUACUAUCUAAAUUUGAACAGUAGCCUGAAAGAAUUUGCAGAUCAUGCUGAUCACCUAUGUGGUGGAUCAGCCUUUAACCCACUUAAGCAGAGUUGCCUAGGGUUGUAUAAUGUCAUACUGUGUUAGCGCCAAAAGGCUGUGGUGGGUAGUGCCUAAGAUCUGUGCCUAUUGUUGCCUACAUACAGAUUGCAGGAUCAAAACAUGGUGUUGGACUAUUUGAAUGACACUCAUCAGGGGAAAUUGCAGUGUAAAAUUGGGCCCGAAAAUGUGUUGCACUUCUUAUGCAAGUAUUCUGUGAUGUAUUGCAUUCAAUACAGAUGCUAACUAAAUAGUCUUGUGCAGUCUUGCACUGCUAACACAUUUUAAGCAUGUUUACAGAUUUUUCUUUUUUCCAAUGGAAAGUAGUUUCACUACUGGUACAGUAUCAGCACCAAGGGUUUAUUCCAGCAAGCACUGUGGUUGAGUUACAUCACCUCAUUUUUUUAUUCUUAAAUAGUUCAUUUUUCAUAUUCUUUAUUUAUAAAGGAUCAAUUAUGUAAAUAUGGUAUUUCUAAUUUUUUUAUCUCAUUCCACCACCAUAAGAAGGCAGUUCCCUGUUCUGGGCUUUUGUUUGGGAGUGUGGGAGGGAAGAAGCUUUCUAAUGGGGAUUUUCAGAAAUUUAUAAAAUUGUAAAUAUGACUUUGGUCCCUAAAGAUGUGUUUAACUGUGAGACUAUUUAACUAAUGGUGUGGAUGUGAUUUGUCAUCCAAUAUUAAGUUCUUAGUCACAGAUUUGUGUCAAUAGGAAAGAGGGAGACUUCAGCUUUCAUUAGACAUCUUGAUUUGCCUGCUCUUGAGUUGUAGCAAACUCUAUUACACCUUUGAAUAGCCAGCCGGUCAAGCAUUUCUCUUGGGCUUUAAUUUGCUAAAGCUGUGCACAUAUGUAAAGUAUAUAUUUUAGGAGAGACGUAGUUCUAGAACUAUUGCUUAUGUCACUUAAGCAGUCACGCUCUUAAUGCUUAAAAGGAGGCUAGCGUUGUUUGCACAAAAAGUCGGUGACCCCCCCAAAUAGUAAUGAAAUUACUUCUGUCCAGUAAACUUUGUACGUCAUGUCCGUUUAUAAAAGCUGAGAAUCCCUUUGUUUCUAUUUAUAAUAAAGAUGGAUUUUCUAUUUGUACCCUUAUUGAGACUUUGCAAAAAUCAUGUAAACUGGGUGAACAUUUGAAUGGUACAGUAGAUAUAAAAAGACAAUUGUUUAAUGGACCUUUUUGUUUUUACAUUAAAUGUUUAUUUGAAAUUGG